AUGGAAAAGAUAACAUAAAAAGAACAAAGCGAGGUUUAUAAAACUGAAAAUUCAGUUUAAAUAAUUGAGAAAAUUGCAGUUUAAGAUAAAGACAUAUAAGUAAAUGAAUACUCAUUUAAUAACAUGAAGGUCAAAGAUUACUACAUGCAAGAUGCUGAAGAAGAUGUAGAAAAUGAAAAGUUCUUCAGCUCGGAGGAAUUUCAUGAUAAUAUGACAAGAGGCCUAUCAGUUAUUGAGGAUGCUGAAAAUAAUACGAAGAUAUUUUAAAGGAGAGGCCAUAGAAAAUUUGAUGAUCUUGGCAAGGAAAAAAUAAAAUUAUGGUUGUCUAAGUUGGUAGAUUAGAAUUUUAUAAAUAAGAAAUUUAAGGAAACUGCAGAAAAUGUAGAAAAGGAAAUUACAGAGAAUGACAAGAAAUUAAUUUUGAAAAAUCAUCCUGUAAAUUUUGAAUAUUACUCUACUAUAUUUAUUUAUAGAACUUUUAAGGAUGAUGGUGCUUGCUCAUAAAUCUCAUUCUGUAAAAACGCUCAAGCUUGGGUAGUUUGCACAAAAAAUGAGUCUCUUAUUUUUAAAUAAAAAUCUGAUGCUUUGAAAGCUGAUAAAAGAUACAAGUAUAUUAUAACUAUGGGUCUUCUUUGGUUUGAAUAUCUUGAUAGUUUAGACAAUCAAUUAAGAGAAGAAGUUUGCUAAUAUUUCUCUGAUAAAACUUUACUUUCAGAGCUUUGUGGAGGUAUGUGUAAGUACUAUGUGAAGUAUGAUUCAAACCCUGUUUUGAUUAGCUUUUCUAUAGUCAAGAAUUAACCAGGAGAUAUAUGCAUUAGCCCAGAAGAAGCCGAGGCUAUUUUUAAGAAAUUUAAAUUAAGAUACAGAUAAAUUUAAAAAACUGUUGAGUGUGAUAACUACAGAGAUUUUUAUAAGCUUUACAAGUAAAUCUAUAUUGAAGUAAAUAACUAUUCAUUUUUAGAGAAGGGCGAAGGAGAAGUGCUCUAUAUUUGUGGGAGACCUAGACUCAGUCCUGAAUAAAUUAAGGUCAUAAAGAUGGUUAAGCUUAAGACUAUUGAAUACAAAAUAUUAAAGGAAGGUGAGUAGUUUGUAAGCAAAUUAAAUUAUGUUAAUAAUGAAAUCUCGUAGAGUAUAAUUAAAGAUUUUAUUCACAUUCUUCAAAAUUUGCCUAAAUUUAAAGGAUUGAAAUUAAGCAAAGUUUAUUUACCUGCAACAAUUAGAUUAAUGAAAAACUAAAAAAUAGAUAUUAAUCCAGAAAAUAUUAAGAAUUUUAUUAUCAAAUAAUUUGGUGAGCAGAAAUUAAAAACUUUAUAAAGUUGA